AUGGCACCUGUCUUGGCCACGGACUUCCGGCCCACGCCGCUGGCCUUGCUGCGAGCCGCCGCCAAGCGCCAGGGCCUUGCCGUGCGCACGGCGCUGCUAGACAUCGAGGCCUGUGAUCCGCUGCCUCCGGCGGAGCUGGUGGUUGCCGCUGACGUCUUCUACAAGGCAGAGACCGCCCUGGCAAUGGCCCGGCGGGUAGCAGAGGCGUAUCUGCGGAAAAGUGCCCGGGACUCAGAAGACGCUAGCGGCCCUGGCUGA